AUGACGUAUGUCAUCCUCGGUGAAUUAUAUUUGACGUUGCUCUGUGGGGGUUUAUCUGCAUCUAACUUUUCAUAUUUUUCUGGGCCCUGUAACUUUAUACCGGAAGAACUUACAUGGGUACUUGCUAUCUGCAGUGGAUUUGUACCAAAACGAAGUACCUGGUGCGACAACUUACUGCUACAAAGCUGGACUUUGAGUGAGACUGAUCGUUCACACUACCUAACUGAGAAGGUCACUGAGACCAUGACUGAUAAAGUGACAGUGACUGAGACUCCACCUCCAGAAACAGUCACAAAGACGAGCUAG